GGUUCUACCUUCUACUCUGUGAGUUCUUUGUUGUUUCUCUGCCUGAUCUAUCUAUGUCCAGCAUCGAGACGCGUGCGCAGAAAGCAACGAGAGAGAAAAGGGAGAGAGAAGGUGUUCUGUUUGAGAGUGUGAGGAAGGGCAAGAGGAGUGUUCGUCCAAACGGAAGGAGAGAGCAGACCCCUCUUGAGAGAUCUACUGACAUCCCUUCCUCCAGCAUGGCGGAAAUCACAUCUGCCCAAUGGCAGGCCAUGCUGGACGCGGCAAGCGAGUUUGAGAAACCGUUCUUUCAGAAACUUUAUGAUGAUGCGGUACUGAGGGAAGGGGAGGCAGAGGCAGCAGCUAAGGCCGCCAGCAUUGCUGCGCAAGAGGCCCUCCUGCAAGUUCCAGAAGCUAAUGCUGACCGGUUCAAGGAGAAGCUAGCUGCUGCCGUUGCAGCCUUGGUCCGUCUGCGGGAAUUGGAAGACUUUGAAUCUCGUGUGACAGCACUAGAGCAGCAGAACCGAAAGCUGCAGGCUGAGGUACUCAGCCUUMGACAGUCCCAACUGUCUGCCCCCCGCCCUCCUAACCCUCGACUUGCUGCAGUCUCGGUCCCUCAAACUAACACAGCCCUAGUGGCAAGUGCAAGUGGAACUGUGGCAAGCGCAGGAACCGGUGCCAGCUCUUCAAGCGGCAGCGCCGGCAGCWCUGCACUCGUCAUAGUCCCAGGUGCAGGCCCUUCAGCCCAGAAUGCCCCAGUUCAUACUGGCAUUCCAUACAGCAGUCCCAUGGUGGACAAGAGGGCGGCCACUUUGCCGUCCAAGUACGAUGGGAAGGCGGAUAUUACAUCCUGGAUUAGUUCCAUGAGAUCAUACUUCGAGGUCAUGCGGACACCGCAGGAGGACCGAAGUAUGAUCAUGGRCACUAAUGCUGAGCCCGUCGUACGGAAUCAUAUUGAACUACAAGCUGUUGCAGCAGGCUACGAGCGGAUAGACCUGACUAGUUGGCUGAAGGUGACCCCUGUACGCACUCUUGAAGAUCUCCUCCUUGAACGAUAUCAGGAUAAGCAUGCGGCGCUCAAGGCUAGGCUAAAGCUUGAGACCCUCAAGGGCCAAACAUGGAGAUCUUCCAUGCAAGCUUUAGAACAACACUUGACUGGUCUGUUUACAACACCUGAUCUGUGGAUGACUGACGUGUCAUGCAUGGAUGUAGUCAUGGGAGUGGCCCCUAAGGAAUUCCUCUCCCUGCUAGCACUCAAGGACCAUGCUACCUGGCGAGAGCUCAUGAAGGACCUAGUCAACCUAGAAGCCAAGGACCUCGCCAGACGCAAAAAGGCGCCCGCUGCAGGUGGGAAACCACAACGCAAGYGGUUUGGGAGCAGCAACCAGCUUGCACUGCAUGAUCAUCGGGAGGCUGAGGAUYARUCCUACGCGGAUGAUCUGUCUCUAGAUGACGAUCUAGAGCCGGACUCYGAUACGGGYUGUUCUUCWUCAGCCAUUGAGUGUGACCGUAACUCUACUUCUACUCUUGUUCCAUCUACUUCUACUAUGAAUACUCAGCCUACUUCUGAUUCGGAAACCUCUAAACCUGUUGUAAUUGCUGUAAAUUCCCAGUCUGAUUUUCUCUCCCCUGAUGAGGAUGAUCCUCCACCGGAAAUCCCAGCAAGCAUUCGCCUCCUAUUAGAUCGAUUUCCGGAAGUGUUGGCUGAACCUCGCGGAGUUCCCGAGCGUCCAGUCAAGCACAAAAUUGAGAUAAUAGAAGGGAGCGUUCCUCCAAAGGGUUGUGUCUACCGUAUGGGGCAAGGUGAGUUGGAGGAGCUGCGGAAACAGAUUGAUGAUAUGAUUGACCGUGGUUGGAUUAGGCCUAGCGAGUCCGAGUUUGGUGCCCCUGUCUUGUUUGUGCCGAAGAAAGGAGGCAAACUCCGAAUGUGCAUUGAUUACCGUGGCUUGAACCGGAUCACUAGGAAGAAUGCGUACCCUUUGCCUCGCAUUAAUGAUCUGUUGGAUGCGGCCGGUGGUUGCAAGGUCUUCUCCAAGAUCGACCUCAAGUCUGGCUAUCACCAGAUUGAAGUCGAUCCGAGCGACCAGCACAAAACCGCGUUCAAGACACGCGACGGGCUGUACGAGUUCAUCGUUAUGCCCUUCGGUCUCACGAAUGCACCAGCCACAUUCCAGUCCCUCAUGGACAAGGUACUCCGCCACCAACUUAACAGGUUUGUGGUUGUGUAUCUCGAUGAUAUUUUGAUUUUCAGCAAGUCCAUGGAGGAGCACGUCAAGCAUCUUGAGGAGGUCUUGCAAGUCCUCAAAGAUGCUCAGCUGCACCUCAACUUGGAGAAAUCUGAGUUUGCCAGGGACAGCGUCAUCUAUCUGGGGCAUCGGUUGUCUGCGAGCGACCUUGAGCCGGAGGCAACCAAGGUUGAGGUCAUCAGCAACUGGCCUCAACCGACAAAUGUACGCGAGCUGCGUUCUUUUCUUGGUUURGCCUCUUAUUAUCGGAAGUUUGUGCCUAAAUUUUCUGUUAUUGC